AUGGAAUCUUUAUUGAAUAAAAGUGAUAUAUAUUCUAAUGAUACUCAAAGAAUUCUCGUUUCUGAUGCUGAUUACGCUGCAGUAGAGCUGUUCAAAGGUUAUCCUGACGGCUUACUGAAGUUUGCUUACGCAUGCUGCGUUAUUUCGAUGAUAAUCGGUAUACCUGGAAACAUUGUUACUAUUGUGGCAUUGGCAAGAUAUAAAAGGGUUCGUAAUGCUACUGCGAUAUUUAUCAUGAACCUAUCAUGUGCUGACCUUCUGUUCUGCUGUAUAACUCCGGCUUUAUCUGGUAGUACUUUCUGGAACCGGGCAUGGACUCACGGUAGAGUCCUCUGUCGGCUGUACCCCCCUACAAGAUACAUCCUCAUUGCAGUCUCCAUCUUCACAAUUUUAGCUAUUACCAUUAAUAGAUAUAUCAUCAUUGCUUUUCCAAGAAUAUACCGCAAAAUUUAUCAGAAACGAAAUUUAAAAAUUAUGCUGGCCGCUAUUUGGAUUGCACCCCUAUUAGCAUUGCUACCGACAAUUUUAGGUAAAUGGGGUCGUUUUGAUUUGGACCCCAUAAACGGAUCAUGCUCAAUAGUUCCCGAUGAAAACAAGAGAUCUCCGAAGCAAUUUCUAUUCAUAGCAUCAUUUGGUUUACCAUGCAUUCCAAUAAUUUUAUGCUACGCCCGAAUAUACUUUAUUGUACGGAAAGCCACUAAACAAUCUCAGAACUCAGAUACUAAUAAAAAUUCUCCAUGUUCAAGUAAUCAAGAUACAACUACAGGUGACUCUUCAUCAAUAACUGUUAAAGUGACUACACUCGAUAGUGAUUACAGUGAGGAAGAUGGCAAGGAUAUACCUCUAAGAGAUAUUGGCAAUGAAAAAUCAGAAAAAGUAGAGAUACCACACGAAGAAACAGACUGCACUACUGAUGAGGAUACGUUAGAGCUAUCCGGACCGCCAAAACUUCGAAGAAAUGUUUUAAAAAGGUCAAUGGCAAUGCUUAAGAUUUCACUACCAUCGCGCAAAGAUAAAAGAUUAGGGACAAUGAUCUUCGCUAUCAUGACAUCCUUUUGUUUAUGCCAUCUUCCAAUAGUGUUGAUUAAGGUGUUACGUUUUAUAACACCCCACCCUGUAAUAAACAUUGCAGCCCAUAUUCUGUUGUACUUCUCAUCGUGUAUUAAUCCGGUUAUAUACGUCGUUAUGUCGAGUGAAUACAAGAAAGCCUAUAAGAAUCUGUUUAAUUGUCGACGUAAAGGUCAGCGACUUAUUAAUAACGAUAAAAAACCAUAUCGAGUACAAAUGAUACUGAAGGGCCGAAAUGCAUUUGCCAAGGCGAGCCCCGCCACGUGAUGGAUAGAUGUUGUAUAUAAAUUAUUUUGGAAGUAGGUGAUAGUUUACGGAGUUCUGAACAUCCAAUGAAAUUUGCUGAAAUCCGGUGACAAAAUUUCACAGAUUCUCCAAAAUACGUGCUCUCUACGCACGCUUUGUUCCGCUACCGGAACAAUAGUUGACUUAAACAUAUAAAUCGUACAUUGCGAGCCUAUUUUUGAUGAUAAAUUAUGUUGUUUUGUGAAAAAAAAACGUGUUUACUUACUCGUACGUACACGCGUUAGAGUUACGUAACAAGAUAAAAAUCUUUUCAAAAAUUUUAUC